AUGAACGGGUACACGCCUCGCUGGGCCGCUAUUAACCCUUAUUACGGCCAACCGUAUGUGAUAUCGCGUCUACUUGUGAAGGUGCCUGCGGAAACGAUAACUUGGUACGACGCAGCAAACAAUCCACACCUCACUCCUGUAAGGGCCGCUGUACUGUUCGGGAUUGUCUGUGAGGUGCAGGGUGCGAUCACGCCAACCACGACGCGGCCGCCAACUCCCACUACGACGCGGCCGCCAACCCCCACUACGACGCGGCCGCCAACCCCCACUACGACGCGGCCGCCAACCAACACAACUACGUUGCCGCCGCAGGAGGUGGUGGUCCCGUGGGUACAGAAGCACUGGUAUGUCCUUAUUCUUGCCGUGGUGCUGCCGCUUAUUGCGGCUCUUGCACUGACAAUUAUCAUAUGCUGCUGUUGCUGCCGCGGUGUCGAUGAGUCCAAGUGGGUGACGCCCAUGGUCUUGCGGGAGCUGAGCGGCGAUGUGCGGUAUGCAGCGAACCAGAGGUGGGGAAGCGGGUUGGGCUCCUUUGAGGACCCAGUUUUCCCCAUGUGUCCUCCCCGUGAGCAGGGAAAUGCAGUCCAGCAGAAUUCUUGGAUGACACCCCCAGGACCCGCAGCGUACGCCACACAGUCGUUCGGGCUGCCCAGGCGCUCCAGUCGCGGACGC